AUGGAGUCCAGUGGCCGUCAGGCCUACCUGCUUGGUCGCCCGCUGGCACUGCAUGGUGCAUGGUCUCUGCAGAUCUUGGGCCUCUCCGGCCCUGGAGGAGCAGCUAAAGAUGUGACAGAAGAAUCGAUAACAGAAGAUGACAAGAGGAGAAACUAUGGAGGAGUAUAUGUUGGUCUACCAUCAGAGGCUGUCAGUAUGGUGUCCAAUCAAACAAAGACUGUACGAAAAAAUUAGAAGAAAAUAACAUCACAACUCAAUAAUCAAGAGCUUGCCUCAUCCAUUUGGAAGGAAUUUGGCUCCGUGGGACACUGUAAUGUUAACAGACAUUUCCGAGCAAAUUCUAAAUAGUUGCCCUCUCUCUCGCUCCCCCAAAUCUUAAGCAUAUAGUGAAAACCAUGGGUACAUGUUGAAUGUUGUGGUAAUAGAAGGGAAUUGGUGAAACAAUACACCCGUUCAUGGACCUUUCUGUGGUCCACCCACGAAAGCCAAGUUAACAACUGUCAUGAGGCCAUUUCUGCACAGCCUGAGCUGCCAUGCCCACAGCAUGCACCCCGGUCAUUCAACACAGUCCAUGGAGGUCAUGUCUUCACCAAUACUAUUUUGAUAAUUUUUAU